GCAGCGCGGCUCGGGGCGGGCCCAGGCGGGGAGCGGAAGGCGGCGGGCCGUGCGGCCAUGGAGGCGCCUUCGGUGCCGGGCGCUUCGGCGGAGGGAGCAGCGGGGCGGGCUCCCAUCAAGGGCAUCCUGAAGAAGGGCGGCAAGCAGCCCGCCAGCGAUGGGUCUGGAGCCCGGCCGGCCAGCCCGGCCCGCGAUGACGACGAGCACGGUAAAAAAUCUCAGAAGUGGGACGAAAUGAACAUCAUAGCUACGUACCACCCAGCGGGCAAAGAUUAUGGCUUGAUGAAAAUAGAUGAGCCCAGUACUCCUUAUCACAGCAUGGUAGGAGAUGAUGAUGAAGAUGCAGUGAGUGAUUCGGAAUCAAAUGAGCCCUUAAGAGCAGAUGUGUUGAGUAAGAAGCUGGCUGCUGCAGCGGAGGGUAAAGGACCCAGGGUUAUAGCAAGGCAGGAGGAAAGCAGUGAGGAGGAGGAGGAAGAAGAAUUAACACCUGAAGAACGAGAAAAAAAGAAACAGUUUGAAAUGAAAAGGAAAAUGCACUACAAUGAAGGACGAAACAUCAAACUUGCAAGACAGCUAAUUGCAAAAGAACUACAGGGUGAAGAUGAAGAGGAGGAGGAGGAAGCGAAUCAAGAAAUGCGUGAUGCUGCAGAUGAAGAAGCGAUGAAUACAGAAUCUAUCGAACAUGGGGAAAGGAGUACUCCAGUAGGCAGCAUUAUGACCUUUCUCCGUGGCUUGAAGCUGCCAUCUGUCUGCACUGUGCUGUAAAACAGAGGCAACUCCGCUCUCCAGCUGCAUUCUCCAGGGAACAGAAGGCACACCUUUGCAGUAUUUUUUCCAUCUCUAUUGCUGAAGUCCAUUCCACCUUGGCUCAUAAACAGCUUCUGAGCCACAACUGACUGAGAUUUCUUGCUGAUUGAAAUGAAGAUGGCCAGUCCAGUCAGUAAUGCACAUGCUACUCAUGACCAGCUGGAGAGCAGAGCACGCAGCAUAGAAGAAAUCUGUCCAGAACUGUAACUGCUUGUCAGAGACACGAACAUAAACACUGCUUCAUGACUUUUGCAAUUAAGCCUCUUAAAUAUUAAGAAGCAUAUCAGUUACAAUGUUGUGUUGCCAAGAUUGUUAAUUUUAGACUUGUCCAUUAGGCAGAAAAACAAACCUGUCUAAUUGAUUUAUUCCUGUGCCUAGUAUUUCAUGGAGAAUACUGCUUCAUAAUCUGUUCAACCAGAAUGGCAUUCCCUGUGUGUAUAACGCUGGUUAUCUCGCGUAAUGUACUGUUACUCUUCAUGCUUUGAAACACAGACAGUCUCUGUUUUUUCACUAUUUAUUUGACAGUGCUCUCAGUGUGGUAUCUCUUAUGGAAGAGCUUGAGGUUCAAGAGCUUAACGGUACAGCAUAUAUCAAAUUGACACACAAACUGUCUAUCAGGUGUGUUAAGCAGUUGAGAAAGGGAUUCGAGUUUUACAGUUUUAUAAGACGUUGACCUCUUAAACUAGAUUUCAGUGUGUUGUUCCUUGUAUUUUCCUAGACUCUAGAAGGAGAGUUGUGUUAUUUUUCAGAGCGGUGUUUGGAACUCGUUCUUUGCUUUUGUCUAGAGGCAGUACCAACAUCUGGUGGAGGGUUUUACACUGGAAACAUGCUGACUUGAACUUGGAAUUUAACUGUCUCUUUCUCUUCCACUGGAUGUUUUCUUUUCUUAAAGCCACAUCAGCUGUUAUUCUUCAGGCUCGUUUCACACUUUCAGUCUUUUCCAGUUGCAUGGAGAGUGCCUGUGCUACCACAAACAGCCCAGGAGGGAAAUCCACAUCGGGACUGAAGCUGGGCUGUGUUGAGACUCUGUGUGAGGAGCACCGCUGGUGUUCUGUUCACUUGAGGUUUGUCAGCUGCAGACUGAAAACCACUGGUCUACAUCUGUCUGCAUCCAACCAGACAUAGAGCAGCUGCUUUCAUACAGCGAAGGUGUUUGAAGGGAUAUAGAAGGGAAACUGCCUAAUUCACAUACUUGUUUACAGUGCAGAGAGUGGCUCUGAACAUCCACAUUGCUGUAAACAGCAACAGGAUUGACUGGUGAAUGUUCUAGUGCUCAAAUAGUUCCUGGGCUUUAUUACACAAAGUAAUUACACAAAUAUACACUUCAGCUUCAGCUUGGUUAUGAAAUACAGUGUAUAUCUUCAUUUUAGUCCGAAUUCGGUAUGUUGCAAAAACUCCAUAUGAAUAAAUAUGGAUCUAUUUUAAAACGUUUUUGUCCACUGUACAUGUGCCGUUUGAAUAAAGGAAUGGAAGUUAUUUUACAGAUA